AUGGCCCUCCCAAGACAUGAAGUAGCACAUCAACUGUCUGAAAGCCCAGUGUCAGCCCAGUACCAGGCUAGCCCUCCAACAACAGCCUACCUGUGUACGUCAGCCCAGUACCAGACUAGCCCUCCAACAACAGCCUACCUGUGUACGUCAGCCCAGUACCAGACUAGCCCUCCAACAACAGCCUACCUGUGUACGUCAGCCCAGUAUCAGACUAGCCCUCCAACAACAGCCUACCUGUGUACGUCAGCCCAGUUCCAGACUAGCCCUCCAACAACAGCCUACCUGUGUACGUCAGCCCAGUACCAGACUAGCCCUCCAACAACAGCCUACCUGUGUACGUCAGCCCAGUAUCAGACUAGCCCUCCAACAACAGCCUACCUGUGUACGUCAGCCCAGUACCGGACUAGCCCUCCAACAACAGCCUACCUGUGUACGUCAGCCCAGUACCGGACUAGCCCUCCAACAACAACCUACCUGUGUACGUCAGCCAAGUAUCAGACUAGCCCUCCAAAAACAGCCUACCUGUGUACGUCAGCCAAGUAUCAGACGCCCUCCAACAACAGCCUACCUGUGUACACUAGCCCUCCAACAACAGCCUACCUGUGUACGUCAGCCCAGUACCAGACUAGCCCUCCAACAACAGCCUACCAGUGUACGUCAGCCCAGUAUCAGACUAGCCCUCCAACAACAGCCAACCUGUGUACGUCAGCCCAGUACCAGACUAGCCCUCAAACAACAGCCUACCUGUGUACGUCAGCCCAGUACCAGACCCCCUCCAACAACAGCCUACCUGUGUACGUCAGCCCUUUCCAGACUAGCCCUCCAACAACAGCCUACCUGUGUACGUCAGCCAAGUAUCAGACUAGCCCUCCAACAACAGCCUACCUGUGUACGUCAGCCCAGUAUCAGACUAGCCCUCCAACAACAGCCUACCUGUGUACGUCAAUCCAGUUCCAGACUAGCCCUCCAACAACAGCCUACCUGUGUACGUCAGCCAAGUAUCAGACUAGCCCUCCAACAACAGCCUACCUGUGUACGUCAGCCCAGUAUCAGACUAGCCCUCCAACAACAGCCUACCUGUGUACGUCAUCCCAGAAUCAGACCCCCUCCAACAACAGCCUACCUGUGUACGCCAGCCAAGUAUCAGACCCCCUCCAACAACAGCCUACCUGUGUACGUCAGCCAAGUAUCAGACGCCCUCCAACAACAGCCUACCUGUGUACGCCAGCCAAGUAUCAGACCCCCUCCAACAACAGCCUACCUGUGUACGUCAGCCAAGUAUCAGACGCCCUCCACGUGUUUGCCGUAUCCAUGAGCUGGGAGUGA